AACGGCGAAUAGAAAUAAUGUCGAAAGAAAAGUCUAUGAGUUGGUACUUUUGUAAUUUGUAAUAAUUCUUGUAUUCGCAAUUCACUUUUAGAUGUAUAUUCGUUAGAUGUUAUUGAUUCAUGAUCAUCUUUCUAUUUCAAGCAUCGAAAAUUCAUGGUCUUUUAUGAGUUUUUCGUGAAAAUCAGCUAUUUUCAAGUCAGUUAAACUUGUGAUGCCAAGUGUUGUGAUUUCCCUCAUUUUCCAUUUUGAGUUGCACCGCUGAAAAGUGAUAGGAGAUAUUGCACAGGAAGUUUAAUGUAAAAUGCUCUUUGAAUGAUCAGUAUCUGUCGAGUGGUUCGGUUUUACGUGCAACGCGAGUAUCGAUUUCCUCGACUCAAAUUAGCUGAACUUGUCUUUUGCAGAUCAUCCGAACAGUUUUCAUUUUCAACCCACUCUCCUGAUUGACGAAUAUAUUGGGAAAAUAACGAUGCUGUGGUAAUCAUACGGUAGUCAUUCCAACGAAUACGUAUAACAAGAUGAGUACUUCGGAUAGGUCGUUUAUUUUUUUGGAGAGAAUAUCGCAGAGACAGCAGAAAUUUUUAGAUGAUAUCACGCCAUACACAUUCGCAAGAUGGCUGUGUGCUGCUUUUUUUAUACUGACUUUUUUAAUUAGAGUCUUCGUAUCGCAGGGUUGGUAUAUUGUUACGUACGCGUUGGGAAUAUAUCAUUUGAAUUUAUUGAUCGGAUUUCUUUCACCCAAGAUCGAUCCGGCGUUUUCAGAAGAUUUCGAAGAAGAUCAAAUGCCAGGAUUGCCGACCAGACAAGACGAAGAAUUUCGCCCCUUCAUUCGACGGGUACCGGAAUUCAAAUGUUGGUGGGCGGUGAUGAGAUCCACGGCAUUCGCAACAUUUCUUACUUGGUUCGAAGUGUUCGAUAUACCAGUUUUUUGGCCUAUUUUGCUACUGUACUUCAUCGUCUUGUUCUGCUUGACUAUGAAGCGACAAAUAAAGCAUAUGAUAAAGUACCGAUAUAUACCGUUCACGUGGGGUAAACCUAAAUACCAAAGCGCGGAUUUGUCCGCUGAUACGAACACUGUCAAGAGAUAAGUACUCGGUUGAAUUCGAUGAAAGCAACUUUUCCUAUGGCGUUGUUCGUGUUGCUAUUAUUAUAUCUUUUUAUGAAAAAGAAAACCCAUUAUUAGGUUCAUUUUGUUUGUCACUGCUACAAAGUUUUUUUUUUCUUUCGUUUAUCAUAUUUCUCGUUUAUUUUAUCUUAAUUUUUCUCUUUAUUGUAUUGUGUGCAUGUAUAUGUAUGUACGUUUGUUUUUAAUUUAUGAGUGGGGUUUUCAUGUAGAAUUUUCUCUAUACAAGUAGAAAAAAGUGAAACAAAUUUUAAACGUUCUAUUUUUAUUAAAUUUCAAGUCGCCAUUAAAUGUUCAUUUUUUUCAUGUUACGUAUAAUAUUCAUUUUUACGAGAAGGUACCUUUGUACCCUUGAAAUUAAUUUGUAAAAUGCAUUAUUUUUAAAUACGUACUUUCUGAAAAUCACGGUGUGCAUUAAUUAAACGAUAUACAUUUUACAUUCUAAGCGGCGAGAUUCCUACAUUCGUAAUCCUUAUUUAAAAUUGUUGAUAGGUUUUUUUUUUUUUUUUUUUUUUGUUUCUCAUUUGAUGUUAGUACAAUAUAACGCGGACGGCGAUUUAAUGGAAACAACCCGUGCAACAUACUGAAAAUAAUGGAAGCGUAGCAGAAGCGUUGCGAACAAUGAUGUGACGUAUAGAACGCCAUGUCUGCAGAAUUACCCACGUAGCUUCUUGUACCAUCCUGAGAACGUGUUUGAAAUGUGAAUUUAUCUGUUUUGUUGAACUCUUUCCUUUGAAAUAAAAAGACGUAAGUUGGGUGUUA